GCUCCGCGGGCGCGGGUGGGCUCAGCUCGGUCAGGCUCGGCUCGGGUGGGCUCGGCACGGCUCAGCCCGGCCCGGCACGGCCCGCCUGCAUGCGGCGGCGGCGGCGGCGGGGCUGCCGGGCGGGAUGAGCGGCUCGGGAAUGCCGGCAGGGAUGAGCGGCUCGGGAAUGCCGGCAGGGAUGAACGGCUCCUCGGCGGGGCUGCCGGGCGGGAUGAGCGGCCCGGCGGGGCUCCCGGGAGCGCUGCCCGGUGCCGGGGGACUCCCGGGAGGGCCGAACGGCUCGGCGGCGGCGGCGGCGGGGCUGCUGGCGGGGGCCGGGGGCGCGGCGCUGGAGCUGGAGCGGGCGCUGCGCUGCUGCACCGCCGCCUCCGUGGUGACCGACGGCAGCGGCGCGGCCGAGGAGCGCAGCCUGUACAUCAUGCGGGUCGUGCAGAUCGCCGUCAUGUGCGUCCUCGCCCUCACCGUCGUCUUCGGCAUCUUCUUCCUCGGCUGCAACCUGCUCAUCAAGUCCGAGGGGAUGAUCAACUUUCUGGUGAAGGACCGCCGGCCGUCCAAGGAGGUGGAGGCGGUGGUGGUGGGGCCGUACUGACCGCCCGGCCCCGGGACAGCGCCCGGCCC